UUUUAAACUCUUCGAACCCCACAUCCUUCUUUGUGGUAGACUCGCUCCCAGUGUAAAAGGUUAACGCGUCAAUCAUGUUUGGGCUAUUCAGACGUAUAUCGAACUCCGUUCUACCGCGUCCAGAUAGGCCUUGGGAUGAUGAUGCCACGUCGAAUGCACCGAAAGUAGGCCGUAAGCGACGGCUGAGCUCAACUGAGCGGGAUCUUGCUGAAGAUAAGGAGGAACAAUCUCGGUCGAAGAAGCAUAGGGGUGACACGCCGCAGACCUCCCUAGAAUCACCAACAGUCGCUACAUCUGUCGAGGAGGAGACAGGAAACACAUCUCAGGUCGACUUGGAAGGCGUCAAGGAGGUCACGGAAGGUGUGAAGGAAGUUGACCUCGAGGACAAACAGACAGCGGAACACAGUGAUGAGGCGGAAGUGGCUACGACCAGCGACGAUUCUAACGAUGAGACCGUUGUUGCUCCAGAAACAGUGCCUCUGCCUGAAGAGGUUUCUGGAGAGCUUGACGAUACUUCGUCGACUGCCUCCACGCCUCCAGCACACACUGUGGACGAAAAUGCUGAAGAUGCUUCUAAACAAGUGUCACUGUCAUCGGAGACGCCAGUUGCAGAGAUGAAACAAAGAACUAGAGUCGAUCAGGACACUGUCGACGAGGCCACGUUACUACCAGCAGAGUCCGAUGCAAAACAUUCGACAACGGAUGGAUUAAAGGACGAGGCUUCCGCAUGAGAACCUAUGCAACCCAUUUCAGACUUCAGUGCCCAUCCUCCCUAUUCACACUCACACCUUCACACCUUCCUUAACACCAUGCCACGUUACCCACUGUACAACCUUUCUAUAUAUCCUCAUUUAUGUCUACUUACUGAUGGAGGUGUCGCUUUUUCUGCUUUUGUCUCAUCCUCUCAUAUCUUAUCACUGCUUUUGGUGUACUAUCACAUUUACAUAUAACCCACUCAGGUUUAUAUCGCUUCACUUGUAGAGCCUGACUUUUGCUAUCUUUUUGACGUUUGUAACCUUCUGCCUCAAUGUUUUGACCCUCUCCUCUGUUGCUUUCAUCUUCCAAUCUAUCAACACCAUUGUCACUGUAGCUGCCCAAGAUUCUUAAUAUUAUGAAUCUAUUUAGCACUCUUGUUGUUUUGCAUUUAUGCAUUUAUGACUCUUCACGGUAUCAUGAUCUUGUAUGCGCUUUGGUAAUAAUUAUUUAUGGGAGCAAUCGG